AUGCAUGUUUACAUGACAUUUCUUUUUCUCUGGUGUUCAAUUCAUCAAUGUUUAUCUAAUGGUGAUGUAAGUAACUAUGAUCAACAAAAACCGUUAUUACAGCAUUCAUCAGAACAUGAUUUAAAUAAUAACAAAAUGAUUGAUAAUGACGAUGAAUUUGUAUUUCAUUCAUCUCAGUCAAUUGGUAGAAAGUCUUUUUUGUUACCAUCAGAUGAUCAAUCUUCAUCGUUACCAUUCGAUUUCUAUCGUCGAGCAUCAUUGAGAUAUCAUCCAAUAUUUAAAAAAGCAAGUUUAAGACCAAUAAUACCACACAAUGCAAGAUAUCCACCGGGAAAACGGGCGAGUUUAAGACCAAUUAUAUCACCAUUUUGA